AUGCAUCGUGAAUGGAAUCGAGGUUCAGCAGCCCCUGGGAGUGUUAAACCAAUAUAUGGAGCACAAUAUCCUCCACUUCAUACUCAAUACUCCCCACAAAAGAAGACUACAAAGAGUGAUGAAACAUUAACAGGUUCGAAAAAUGAAAUUAAUUUUAAAAGAUAUCAAAACAGCACUUCAGAUGUUUGGGAGACAGACCUGUCAGAUGACAUAAAAAAUACUCCAAAUUUAUCGCAAAUUGAUGUUUUGUCAAAUUCUAUGUCUAUUACAUUAAAUAGCAAUGAUAUUUUAAUGCCAAAUUGUCAUCCCCAACGUAUAAGAAAUGCAAAAACACAAGCUAUGCAACGCUUAGCAACACAAAAAGAUCCAUUGCCUGGAACAAAUAAUGUUGCAAUUACAACAGGACCAUUAUAUCCAAGAUUACCUAGUAUAUCAUCAAGUAAUGAAAAUCCUUCAUUAAAAAAUAUUGAUCAAGUAAGAUUUAAUAGACUUUGUCAUAUGUUUGGUGUAAAAAUGAAUGGGGAAGUUGAUCCGUCAAUACAACCAUCAGAAAAUAUUGAUAUAGAACAAUUACAAAAAGAUUGUUGGAUGGGAAUACCACAUAAAUUAAGACCUCAUGCAUGGAGAAUACUAUCACGUUAUGUCCCAACACGGCUUGAUCGUCGUGAAAUGACUUUAAAAAAACAGCGUGAAGAAUAUUGGCAUUAUGUUGAACAAUAUUUUUACACGAGAUUUGAUGAACAACAUCAAGUUACAUUUAGACAGAUACAUAUUGAUAUACCAAGAAUGUGCCCAUUAAUUCCAUUAUUUCAACAAAAACAAGUUCAAGAAAUAUUUGAACGUAUCCUUUAUAUAUGGGCUAUUCGUCAUCCUGCUUCUGGAUAUGUUCAAGGUAUUAAUGACCUUGUUACACCAUUUUUUGUUGUAUUUUUAAGUGAAUUUAUACCAGAUGAUAUUGAAGUUUCAACAUUUGAAAUAUCAAAACUAACAAAACAACAAAUUGAAAUAAUUGAAGCUGACAGUUUUUGGUGUGUUACAUAUCUUCUUGAAACAAUUCAAGAUAAUUAUACCUCUGAUCAACCUGGAAUUCAAAGAAAAAUAUUAGAUUUAAAAGAUUUAUUAAUAAAAGUUGAUAACAAUUUACAUUGCCAUUUAGAAAAUAAUCAAGUACAAUAUCUUCAAUUUUCUUUUCGUUGGAUGAACAAUUUAUUAAUGAGAGAGAUACCCCUUCGAGCAACAAUAAGACUUUGGGAUACAUAUUUAAGUGAAAGAAAUGGAUUUUCACAUUUUCAUACAUAUGUAUGUGCUGCAUUCCUUCGUCUUUGGUCAAAAGAAUUACAAAGAGAAAAAGAUUUUCAAGGUAUAAUGUUACUUCUUCAAAAUUUACCUACAAGUUGUUGGGCUGAUCAACAAAUUCGUGAAUUAACAGCAGAUGCCUACAGUCUUAUGUCUGUUUUUCAUGGAGCAAAAAAACAUUUAACAAGUAGCAGUUCAACUUCAUCUAAAUAA